CUGGCAUUAUCUGAAUAUUUGCAUGAGUUUAAUCUUUUCAUAAUAGAGGUAGUCACGAUCAGUAUUUAUAUAGCAGUAAUUUUUGUUUCAGAAGUUGUUCUGAGUGCUGUUGUACUCAAAAGAGUUUACUAACAAUUCAUAUUUUGUUUUAUCAUUUUUCAUUGUGUUAUGUUUUUCUGCUUGUAUCACAACUGAGCAGGUGUUGGAAUUUGGUAACUAUACUAUAUAUUUUUAUAGUACCAUAGCAUUAAUUACGAGGCUUUGUUUAUACUAGGUCAGUAGUGAUAGUGAGGAGUCCAUCUCUAGGCAGACCGAAGUCCUACGUGUGAUCUCUCAGGCCUGACCGGAGGCGAUUAUAAGGCUUUUCCUGGCAGGCCUCAGCAGGGAAGCCGUCCUCCCCACCCCAGACUUGGUGCACCAGCGCAUUGCAGACUCUGGAGGGAGUUGUGAUCACAGACUAGGCCCCUGGGCCAGCUUAGCUCACGUGGAUAUGUGCCUUCCUCGCCCAGUUGCCUCUUUUGAAGGCUUCUUACUGGGGGCCUCACCCAGAGCACUUCCUAGGCAUCUCCUCUGACACCUCUUUAUCUAGGGGCUUUGCUGAAGGCACUUUUCUUUGCUUGGACUCUGUACUUUUCCACUCCUGUGUCUUUCCAUCUUUCAUUCUCCUGCCCACGUGUUCCUAAAGGGACGGAAGCCUUUGGUUCAGUGCUCCUCUCCAGUUAGAUGAAUUCUUUUGUCUGUGCCGCGUCCGCCUGACCCGCACCUGGUACUGUUCCACUUGGAAAAAGGGAACACUGAGGAGCUGGUGCCUUUUUUUCUUUGUUCGGUUGGUUUUUUUUGCCUGUUGGCUUACAUUGUCAUAGUGAGUGAAUAAAGACUUGAUUAUUACUUUCAGUUUGGUUUGUUGUCCUAAUUAACUGCCUUUACACAACAAACUUGGUACAGUAGCCAGGUGGUUAUUUGAGCACAGCGCUUUGCUGGAAGAGCAAAAUUCCUGAGGAUCCGUGGAGCACUCCACUAGCUAUGCUGAUGGAUAAUUGGAGAGUGACAGCAGAUGGUUUGCACAAAAUGUUGAUUCUGAAGGGAACCAUUGUUAAGGUGGAGGUAAUCUAGUUAAACUUGGCAAUGCCUUGAGGGCUGUGUUAGUAUAGACUUUCUCCUUUGGACUGCUCUGACAGUGGGGACAUCUGCCGAAGUAGGGGGAGGAAGGGAGAGAUGAGCAGGCGUGGAUACCUACGACCCUGCUCAGCAGUGUGCUGGGUGAGUUUGCCAGGUUGGGCCCACCUGUGACAAGUUUCCUGUCACUGAAAAACGUGUCUGACGCAUUCUCACAGAGGCCGUAGUGGUCCUGCGAGCCAUCCUGGCGAUCCCUUGGGUCUGCGUUGAGAGAUUAGGAUACCGUGGAUAAUGAGACUUACCCAGACUCAGAUUUCUAGGUUUCUCUUCGAUGCUCCUGCUUAUUACCCAACCCAGGUAAGCCUCCUCAUCUCAUCAGUUCAGUCUGUCUGAGACUGAAGUCCGGGUCUUCCCUGACUUGGAAAAAGUAGCCACCACCAAGAUAGCAGAGAUUGAGCAGCACAGUGAUGUAAGAGGGGGAACCGAGUGCCCUUCCUUGGGCAACUGAGGCAUAGACCUUUCCUAAAAAGUCUCGGUCUGUGUAUUCGAUAAUGGGGUCUCAUAGGGAGAGAUUGAUGGGUUCCUCACCAGGGACCUCACGGCCAGAUGUUAAGCAAGGAGAGGCCUGAUGGGCAGUCCCCAUGAGGGUCAACGUGAUGACAGCCUAUGUGACUGUUGCAGGCAGUGUCUCCUCCAGAUCGGCGGAAAAGCUCCGAAACAUUUACUCAGACCUUUAGCAGGUAUUAGGCUGAGUCCCUCUGUGCCCCAGGGUAGGCUGGAGAUCUUGUGCCGUGGGCAGAGUUUCCUGGGAAAGUUGGGGAGAACUGCACUUCUUGGGCCUUUGCGGUAUCAGUGCACCCUGAUACCCUGCGACCUUGAUGAGGAGGAUGCAUAUGAUGCCUCCCAGUUUGGAGUCCACGGUGACUGGUACAGCACUUUGGCCAGGGCUGGCUCUGGGUGAGUGCUUUCUGGCCCCUGCUGCUACGUGUUUUAUUGGUACAGAUGUAUUGUCUGUGUGAACUCCCAUUCACCUUUGUUCCUAAGCCCCACUGGGAACUGCUAUAAUGAGGGCCGUUUUAGUGGAGCAUGUGGAAGACGGUGAACCUGUUUGACUACCGGCUCUUGAUGCCAUUUUCUCCCCAAAGCAUUACUGACUGCCUGGUGAGUAAACAGCCGUCCUGAUCUCUGAGUGAAAGAAGACAGUGGUCUGUGAGACUGUUUCUCCAUUCAGUAGCUCCGUCUGGCCUGUGCACAAGGCCUCGGGUACCGGGAGACUAGAUAUUCGUUAUAGAUCCCUCAAUAAGAAAGUGCUGCUCUUGCCACUGGUGAUACCUGACAUCAUGAAGAAGGUACUGGAGGUAGCCCGGUCUGUAGCAGUUCACAUCACAAAUGCCUUUUCCAGCAUCCCUCCCUACAGGGCUGAUGACUGGUCAAUCUCCUUCACGUGGAGUGGAUUCCAGCACAGCUUUAUGUCCUUCUUCAAGGCUGUUCAAAUUCCCCAACUGUCUGCUAUCAAUGGGUAGGCCAGAGUCGGGAAGAAAUCCUCCUUCUAGAGGGGGCAUUGGCUUUCUGCUUAUUGAUGACAACCUCCUAGAGGGCCUAGAGAGGGCACUGCCCAACAAGGACCGGAUGCCGUGAUGACUCACGAGGGGCAUCGUGGCUGGACUGUUAACACACUCAAGGUACAAGGACCUAGUUCCCAACUGAAAUUCCUGGGCCUAAUCUGGGAAGUGGUAUGACAUCCCAUUCCACAGGAAAUCAUUACCAAACUUUUGACCUUAUUUGACCCAAAAAAUAGAAAAAGGGGCCCCAUCCCACCAGGGGUUGGUGGACCUAUUUGACUACUGAUGAUGUUAGAGAGCCCCUGUGGAGAUUUGAUAGAGCCUUUCCGUUAGGUUACGAGAAGGGCUGCUACUCUUGAGUGGGGCUCCAACCAACAGGAUACCCUGGAGGCCCUCCAACAGGCUGCCAAGCCUCCCCCUCUUAGCCCCACUGAUCUACAUCUGCCAUUUGAGUUACACCUUGCAGCAGACUCUCAAUUCGCUGACCAGAGCCUAUGGCAGGAGGACAGCCCCAGAGGCCAACGUGGACCAACCUGUAAGCUCCCCAAGUUGGCUGAAAGAAAGGUACACGCCCUUUGAGAGACCAUUAUUGAUCUUGGGUGAGUGCAGUGGUGGGCUCAGGAGCAGAAGUUCCAGUCUUGUUCCUAAAUAGGGCCAGCUCUGGAUCCCCAGGAGAAUGGAAAUGGAACUUCUGGGAGCCCAGCUGGCAUCUUGCAACUGCAUGGAAAGGUCUCAGGCCCUUCCGCCUCCCAGAUAUAACACCAAAGGAGACACUGCCGCCUCUGGCCUAACGGGACCUGAUAGACCUUCAGGACCACCGCUGGGCCUGGUUCACUAAUGGCUCCUCUGGCUUAACUUGUAGGAAUUGGAUGUGGCUGCCAUCCAACCUGAAAGAGACCUGUCCUUCAGCGAGCAUGGGAAGGAGCCCUUGCACAGCGGGCAGCUUCAUGCGGUGUGGACGAUGAUGACACCGUCUGCCCCACCGUUCCCCCACCUCAUGUUUAUUGCUCUGGCCCCAGCAGAUGAGCUCUGCUAUGUUUUCAUUCUCAGGGGCUAUAGCUAAUGGCUUGGCCAUUUGGUUCUGUAGCAUAUAAAACAGGAUCCCCUGUUGAGAUGAGACAUUUGCAUGAAGAUCAUUUCUGCUCCUAGUAAAUGCUUUUUUUCCUCAUUAUUAUUAUGACAUACAGUGUCAUGUGAGUUUGAGGUAUUCAGCGCAGUGACAGUUGUGGGCCUUAGGCAAUGCCCGCCAAGAUAAAAUGUUUUGUAACCCGUGUGAAUGCCCACCAGAGAGGCCCCGGGCUGCAAAAGGAAAUCUAUCCAAUGAGCAUAUAUAUCGUGCUUUUAGCUAAAUGUGGAGACCGAGUCGUUCUCCACUCUAAAGCAAGCAUAUGCACGGUACGUUGGCUCCUGGAUCCGCGAGAGGAUGGCCCAUGGGAAUUCCAACCCCGUCGCAGAUUAGGUUGGCAGUGCACAGCGGCCACGGUGGUGAGAAGACACUAAAACAUUGUGCAAAAUGCAUCCCGCUUGUCAGGCCCCGGGCCAGGCUAUUAACGCUGCCCCAGAUAGUUUCCUUCAAGCCAGUGGGCUCGGCCGUUUCGCAUCCCACCCCUGGCGUCCCGCUGGGUCUUGCUGUCGGUUGACACCUUUGUGUUUGGCCCGCCAAUCUCCAUUCCACUGCGUUCCGCUGACUCCAGCCACGCUCCCUGGGCCCUGCAAACUCACAUUUGCUUCCUGUUCAGGUUCCCUGAGAACUGCAUCUGAUAACAGCCCUGCGUGUGCCGUUCAGGCUCCACAGCAAUAGGCCCAGUCACGGAGCAUAUAGUGGGCUCUGUGCUCCACACCCCUCCUAACCCACAGGGGUACUUGAGCAUUUUAAUGAACUUUCAAAGUACGGGCUUGAUCCCCUGAUGGGAGGGGACAAGAUGACCCCAGUCUGGACUACACAUCUCAGGUCUGGGUCUCAAUGCAGCAGUUCACCAGUCAGGUACUUUUCACUAGUGCUCCAUGGUUGACCAGGUUGUCUGACCCCUUCCUUCAAUUUUACAGUUACUGACUACAGUCUCUGUUGGGGGGUGGGGGACCCCUGUAAAGGACUUGCACACCCUUCCGACUCCUUCCCAAAGACUCAGAUCACUGAGAGAUGAAAAGGCUGUUAGAUAUUAAGGACUGGGAGACAGUAACCUCCUCCAUUUACCACUGGGUGCAGAAUAUGGGGUUUUGCCUCAAGAAUAGUGACCAUCAGUUGAGUUUCUAGUUCAACAGUUUGCCUAAGGUGGCUGUUCCACUUUGCCUGGGUAGCUCCACGUGAUAGAUACUGGUGUGUAAAGUAGAAGUUUAUACUAAAUGGAGCAAAGGUAGAAGAUUUGGGUUUACCAACCUGGGAGACUGAUUAAGAGUGCCCAUAGUGGAGGACAGACCGUCUGUGUCACAGUUGGAUAGAUGUGAGCACCUAAGAGCUCAGAUACUGGAGAUAGGUUCUCUUUGUCUUCAUUGUAGGUUUAAGAAUCUUACUAAAAUAUCCCCAUAGAGACUUUCUGUCAUUUCAUUCAGUAUAGAUUUUGAAUAUAGAUUUCUGUGCAAGGUAUUAGGAGAUGAAAUGAGCAUACUUUUGGUUGGAUAAUACAUAAGUAUUGCAUUUGUGGAAAUGGGUAAGAAUCAUAAAGAGGAUAAAGAUGAUAUGGAAAGAUUGUUUCUAGCUAUGAGGAAUUCAGGAAGGCGUUAUAGAGUAAGAAAUGCUUUUAGCUGAAUAGGAUGUGAACACAAAAGUCAAAUAAACAUGUGAAUUUAACUGAUACAUACCAUAGGGUGAUUGGAAAUUGUAGGGUGCUAAUAAUAUUUGAGUGGAAAGCUAAGUUGCAGCUAGUACGUGAGUAUGUGUAGCACUUUAUACUUGUUUUUGUAGGUGGUGGGAGGGUACCUUGAAGGUGUCAAAUAAGAGAGACAUGGUCAAACGAGCAGAACAGUGUUUUAGGAAGAUUCUGUGGCUGUAGGGUAUUGUGUCACAGGGUCCCCAGAACACCCCCAGGUUGGGUAAUUGACUAGGCGCGCUCAGAGGACUCAGCCUGUAGUCGGGAGUCACAGCCAUAAUUUAGUAUAGCGAGGGGACACAGAGCAAAACCAACAAAGGGAAAAGCCACGGGGGGUGAAUUCCAGAGGAAACCAGAACAGGUUCCAAGAGUCCUCUCCCAGUCGAGUCCCAUAGGAUGUGCUUAAUUCCUUCAUCUGGAAUUGUGACCACAAGUGUGAAAUGUUAUCUACUGAGGAAGCUCAGUAGAGACCCCAUGCUUAGGGAUUGUGGUCAUAUAAGCACCCUCCUGCCUAGUCUGUACCAGGUUUUCAGACUCCCACAAGGAAAGCAGAUGUUCAUCAUAAAAUCACAUCGUUUGCACAGCAUUAGAACAAUGAGCCAUCUUUUUGUUUUGCUUUGUUUUCCUCUUUCAUGUUUACUUUUGAGAGACCCUGCGCACAAGCAGGGGAGGGGCAGAGACAAAGGGAGAUAGGAUCCAAGGCAGGCUCCAGGCUCCAAGCUGUCAGCGGAGAGCCCGCCGUGGGGCUCAAACUCCUGAACUGCAAGAUCAUGACCUGAGCCGAAGUCAGACACUUAAGUGACUGAGCCACCCAAGCGCCCUGGAACCAUGAGCCAUCUUAUCAGGAAAUGUUAGAAACCGUCCUGAAAUUCAAAUUCCCAGAUACCAACGGAGGACCGAACUUGUUCAGGAGAGCAGCCUCCAAUCAGCUGUGUUACCUGCAGUGCACGGGUGUAAAUGGGGCAGAGAGACCAGGAGCUGAGGCGUAUGCCUGUGUUUCUAUCAGGUCCCACCCAAUUUUUUUUUUUUUUUUUAACUGUUGAUUACUUUCUCAGUUCUCUACUUUUUAAAAGAUGUUUUAUGGAUAAGAUUUAGAGGUCAUUUAGUAAAAAAAAAAAUUACAUAAAAAACUUGUUGAUAGAAUUUGUUCUGCGCCCUAAUAUUUAUCAGUUGAUUAUCUCCACCUGCUGUACAGUGGACACACACACACACACACACACACACACGAUCAGAGGUUGGUUUUCUCAUUUUUGUUUUAUAGGUUUAAAGACAAUCGAAAAGAUGACAUCUGGCUUGUAGAUUUUUAUGCACCGUGGUGUGGCCAUUGUAAAAAACUGGAACCGAUUUGGAAUGAAGUUGGUCUUGAGAUGAAAAGCAUUGGUUCUCCAGUUAAAGUUGGGAAGAUGGAUGCUACUUCCUAUUCUAAUUAAAGGGGGACUUGGCAUAUAAUUAUAGAGGACCACGAACUAAAGAUGAUAUUAUUGAGUUUGCUCACAGAGUAUCUGGGGCUCUAAUUCGGCCACUUCCAAGUCAGCAGAUGUUUGAACAUGUGCAAAAGAGACAUCGUGUGUUUUUUGUUUAUAUAGGUGGAGAAUCACCUUUGAAGGAGAAAUACAUAGAUGCUGCUUCAGAAUUAAUUGUAUAUACAUACUUCUUUUCUGCCUCAGAAGACGUGGUUCCUGAGUAUGUGAUACUGAAGGAGAUGCCUGCUGUACUUGUUUUCAAAGAUGAAACUUACUUUGUUUACGAUGAGUACGAGGAUGGUGAUCUGUCAUCUUGGAUCAACAGGGAGAGGUUUCAGAACUAUCUUACCAUGGAUGGCUUCCUCUUGUAUGAACUUGGAGACACAGGAAAGCUUGUGGCGAUUGCAGUUAUUGAUGAGAAAAAUACAUCAAAUGAACACACCAGAUUAAAGUCAAUUAUUCAGGAAGUUGCUAGAGAUUACAGAGACCAGUUCCACAGAGAUUUUCAGUUUGGCCAUAUGGAUGGAAAUGACUAUAUAAAUACUUUGCUAAUGGAUGAACUGAAAGUCCCGACUGUGGUUGUACUGAAUACUUCAAACCAACAAUACUUCUUACUGGACAGACAGAUCGGCAGUGCCGAGGACAUGGCACAUUUCAUUCGUGACAUCUUAGAUGGCACAGUCCCGGCCCAAGGAGGUGAUAGCAUUUUGCAGAGAUUGAAAAGAAUAAUAUUUGAUGCCAAAUCGACUAUUGUGUCUAUAUUCAAGAGCUCGCCCCUCAUGGGCUGCUUUCUCUUUGGCCUUCCACUGGGUGUCAUCAGCAUCAUGUGCUACGGCAUCUACACGGCGGACACUGAUGGAGGGUACAUAGAAGAACGAUACGAGGUGUCCAGAAGUGAAAUCGAGAGCCAGGAACCAGUAGAAGAAAGCAAAGAACAGGAGCCAAGCGAUGGAGCCACCCUCGGGCCUACGGUGCAAGAACCCAAAGACGUAUUAGAGAAGAAGAAAGAUUGAAUCUUGGCUAGUGUGGAAUAUUUGAUAGGAUUUCAAAUUAUCAAAGAGUCUAUUUAUUGAACUUAGACAUUUAAUCAUGAUCUUUACAAAAGAGAAUAUGUUAUUUGUAUUUUGCUAAUAUCAAACUGCAUGGAGUAAAGUAGUCCUUCAUAAAUGGGGAGACAUUUGGAGCAAACACAGGAAAUGUUUAUCUAAAACAAAAAAAUGAGGAAGCACUCCAUCAGAGUUUACCAUAUAGAUGUCGUUUUAGCAGAGUAGUUCUUUUGCAUGUUUCUCUAUCUGAGCAUUCUGUGACAAAUUAAGAUUCUUGGGCAGAAUAUUUAAAUUGGUCAGUCAGGUAGAAGACACAUGUUCGAUAAAGAAAAACAAUACUUUCACCUCCUACCAUUCAUUCUCCUCAUGUAUUUUAGAUGAGAUUUACACGGGCAAAAUUAAAUCUUUAAAAUUUAGCACUUUAAGGAGAACUAACACCUUUUUCCAUGGAUCAAAUUCAGAUUACAACUUAAAAAUAAUUUGGUUUUAUAUAGCAUAGCAAUUUUAUUUUGUUAGUUAUUUUUAACGGAGAAGAAAUGUUACUUUUUAACUUUCUACUCAGUUACAUUAUAAAAUUUUCAUAUGGGUCUGUAUAGUGGGAAAAACCAGUCUUAUGUUUAAUCUUUGCAAAUUAAACAGGAUUUACUUGGAGCAGUGAUUUCAAACCACGUGCUGGGACAUGCUUAGCAGGUGUCUCAGUGAUCACUGCAGAAAGGGGAGAGUCUGUUACUCCUACCCUUCUUUAGCCAGAAUGACCUACUUUUUUUUCUCUUUCUUGUUUUGUAUAUUGGAAUUUCUUCUGAAAAUUUCCUUUGAUAAAAAGCUCCUGCUGCUUUUUAAAAAGUAAUACAGAUCUUAUUUUUUAUGUUUAUGGUAUGGUAACUUUAUGGUAACUUAAAAUAUGUGUGUAUCGUUGUGUGUAUAUAGAUAUAGAUAUAUAUGUAUAUCUAUAUACACACACAACAUGCACAUAUAUUUACAUAUAUAUAUAUAAAAUUUAUUGACAUAUGUAAUAUUAUGGGCAUGUCUAUGUUCAUAAUGAGUAAUGAGUGACAUAAUCAGCCUGUCAGCAAAAUCUGUAUCCAGUGAUCAACAGCCAAGUGUUACCCUCUCCAUCCUCUCAAUUCUGACAUCCUUUUCACCUUCUGUCUAUAAUGACGUAACAGAGGAAUUCUGUCCCAACUCGUGUAUACAGAUUGGAAUUGUUGCAAGUAACACUGUGGUAUAUUUAUUGUAGAUUAUUUUUGAGCCCUUCAUUUUAGCUAACUUUAGAUUUUUAUGAGAUGACCAUUGGGUGACCAUUCAUUGAGCAAUUGAGUUAAACAAUAGAAUGGUUUUUCUUAAACACUAAAAAUGUGUAAUCCUUUUAAAAAUACGCAGCUCAUGGUCCUGACAUUGAAGUUGUUUAGGGCUUUGGUCCCCAAGGCAGCUGUUGACGAUUUCUGAUACUAAGCUGCUCACGACUAAAACAAAACUCGAGUAUCUAAGUCCUAAGAAGUUGCUAGCAAUUGUUUUAUUGUAUCCAUAUGCUCUUUUACAUACAGUGAUUAAAUGCUUAUUUUUACUGUUUGGCACUCUGUUAUUUUUAAUAGUGAAGCACAUAGGAAAUUUCCGGAAAUACUGGAAAGAAACGUUCUCAAGUGGAAACUGGAGAUGAAUGCCUUUAGUUGAACAAAUAGGUUCCUCUCCAAAGAGUAGUGAGGGAUUCUUCUGGAGGAACAAUCUCAAUGUUCCCGCUGGUCAAGCUUGCUUUGCAGCACUGAAAAAAAGCUGAGGUGGGCGCAGUGCCUCACUCGAGUCUAGUCUAGUAAGGAAGGUAAAGCUUAGCCUCCGCCAGUGACAGCAGGAAAUGAUAGGAAAGGACUCCGUUUUCUCAUGUCAUCUGCACAUUUCUUAGCCUUUGUCAGGCAUCACUUAUAAAUGAAAGACCUCCUCAGUAGGGGGAAAAAUAGAUUAAAAGCUCAAUAUAUAUCAACAUACAAAAAGUUUGGCUGUCUUUGUAUUGGGAUUUUUUUUUUUUUAAUCUGUAAAUUAAUGCCUUAGUUCUCUGUUUCCUUUUUCACCGCUCUCUCCCAUUGGCCCACAUUCUAUUUGUGUUUUUUCAAAGUGUGACUGUUAGAAAACAAAAUGGCUAGAUAGUUUAUAAGUAAAUAAUUUUCUUUUCUGUCUGUAUUAAGAUUUUGCUUUUUAUUUGUCGACUUUAGGAUAUUAUCAAAGUUCUUACAAAAAAAUUAAAAAUUUUGUUCACUAGUAUGCUUUUAAUAUGGUCUCAUUUAAUGUGGUAUCAGUACUUGGAAUGCUACUUUCAUUUCAGGAGAAGUUACUGCAAAAUAUAGUUAAUAUCUUAAUGAAUGUAGUAUUAGGACAUACAUGUCCUAAUUCAUUGGUGAAUCUUACCAUGAUUGCAUAUUAAGUUGGAAUUUCACGUUUUCUUUCAGUUGCAAUAAAAUUCUAUUUUUUAAUCCUAAAAUUCAAAAUUCUAGAUGCUUGUUGUUAUGGGAUCUGUUGCUCAAUUUUUUUAGCAGAGAAAGUACAUGUUUUUAUCAAGCCAUGCACGCCCUUAUAGCUUGCAACCCUUUUUGUUCUGUUUCAUCAUACACAGUAAUAUUUCUCUAGCUACUAUUAUCUGAAACUUGUUUGAGGUGUAUUAGGCCUGAAUUUUUAUUUUCUUCCUCGAACCUAGUGGUCUCCUGGUAUCUGACUUACAAACAGCAUUAAGAGCCAAAUAUCUGGAGGCUGAAGGAAGGACCUAUGUGAGUAAACAGCUGUAUUAUUAUUAUUAUUAUUAUUAUUAUUAUUUCAGUGGAUUUUUGUUGUUGAUGUUUCUUGUGUUUUCCUUCAGGGGCUUGUUUGGUUUUGGUUUUCUAAAAAGUAAUUUACAUAUUUCGAUCAUUGCUUCAUAUGCUGUGGAGAUAGAACAGGAAAAAAAACUAAGCUUUUUUUAUUAUGCACACGUUGUUCAAAUAAACCAGUGUGGGAUGUUAAGACUAUCAAUUAAUGGUGGGAUUAUGUUUGCCAUUUUAUUUUUAUAAAUAUAUAUUUUUUCUGAAUGUGUCUGAGUCCAAGAGUGGGCAAAAAAUAAUUUUCUACUUUGGACUAAAUCUAUAAAGGUUUUUGAAAGUCUGUAUUACUAACUUGUUGAAUUCAUGAUAUCUUGCCUUAUGGCACCAAUUGUAAACCUGUUUUUUUCUAAAAUAAAUUAAUUGAAAACA